CACUCAUAUUGCUGUGCGGCAUCAACCCUAAAUAUUAUACAAUCAUUCCUCUAACAGUAUAUGAUCCUUUAAUAAUUUGCUUCCAUCUGAGGUCAAAAAUAAAAAAUAAAAAAUAAUUUGCUUCCAACUACAGAAGAUUGGACAGCGACGCCUGAAAUUUUCUACCUAUAAAUAGAGGGUUAAGGGUUUUCCUCUCUUAUAUCGACAUAAAGCAAAAUAUAACAAUCGUAUAGAAAAUAAUCACUUCUCAUCAAAUUUUAUAUUCUUCCUAACCAGAGCUAGCUAGCUCUACAUGGCCUCUCAACCUCCCUUUCAGACAAAUUUCUGCUCAAUUUUCGGAAGUUCCUUUCCGAAAUCCACUAGUGAUAAUAGCUAUACAAACACAUCAACUAUCCAAACCGCUGGCUUAAAGCUUCCUGUGAUCGAUCUAAGCCAUCUUACUAGUGGCGAGGAGGUCAAACGAAAAAGAUGUGUGAAACAAAUGGUUGCAGCUGCCAAAGAGUGGGGGUUUUUUCAAAUUGUGAACCAUGGAAUCCCCAGAAAAGUCUUUGAGAUGAUGUUAGUCGAAGAGAAGAAACUCUUUGACCGACCCUUUUCCUCCAAAGUCCGGGAAAGUUUCUCGGGCUUAUCAAAGAAUAGUUACCGGUGGGGAAACCCUAACGCCUCUUCUCCCGCUCAGUACUCUUUCUCAGAAGCGUUUCACAUCACUCUUUCAGAGAUUCCAAAGUUAUCUGAGGAUGGCAACAACCUCAGAACAACCGUUGAAACGUAUGCGCAAGAGAUAGCUCGAGUGGCACAAUUAAUAUGUGAAGUACUGGUGAAACAAGUGAACGUGAACUCUAAGUAUUUUGAAAACAUUUACGAGCUUAAAAACAGUUUUCUAAGGCUCAAUAAGUACCAUCCUCGUGUUUUUGGUUCUGAAGUGUUUGGUUUGGUUCCUCAUACCGAUACAAGUUUCCUCACUAUACUCUUUCAAGAUCAAAUCGGAGGACUAGAAUUGAAAAAAAAUGAACAAUGGAUCAGCGUAAAACCUUGCUCGGAGGCCCUUACUGUCAACGUUGGGGAUAUGUUUCAGGCACUGAGUAAUGGAGUGUACCAGAGCGUGAGACAUAGAGUGAUUUCUCCGGUAAACAUGGAGAGACUGUCGAUAGCUUUCUUCGUAUGUCCUAAUCUUGAAACCGAGAUAGAAUACUUCGGGUAUCCAAAGAAGUAUAGAAGGUUCAGUUUCAGAGAGUACAAGGAGCAGAGUGAACGUGAUGUUAAAGAAACUGGUGAUAAGGUAGGCUUGUCCAGGUUUCUCAUUUGA